AAAACACACGCGCCUACGAAAAGAGAGAGGGAGAGAGAGAGAGAGAGAUGGAUAGGUAGGUGUAGCAGAGGCUCCGCAACUCACAGCUCAGCAAACAGACGCUGCGAAAAACCAACCCAAAAUUAUAAUUAAAUAAAAUCAAAUCCACGUUCUCUCAUUUUCUCGUUCUCUGUAAGCUUUCUUUUUUCAGCUUCUGUUUGGCUUGCAAGAAAAUUUUCAAUUCCUUCUGCGAAUGAAGGAGGAGGAAAAUAAGGAAGGAGGAGGAGAAGGAGAGAGAGGAGAAAUGGAGUCGACGGAGUCAUCAUACGUGUCGUCUCCGGAGGCCCCUCGGAAGCGGUCACCACCACCGCCGAAAUCACCUACUUCAGAUUCCAUGGAGAAGCCCACAUAUCUCAAGUUUCUUGUAUCAAAUGCUGCAGCUGGUUCUGUAAUUGGAAAGGGAGGUGCAACAAUAACUGAUUUUCAAUCACAAUCUGGAGCACGAAUUCUGUUGUCACGAAAUCAUGAAUUUUUCCCUGGAACAACGGACAGGAUUAUUAUGGUAUCUGGAACAAUUAAUGAAAUUAUUAAAGCCAUGGAUCUUAUCCUUGCUAAGUUGCUGAGUGAGCUUCACACUGAAGAAAGCGAUGAUGCUGAACUGAGAACGAAAGUGAGGCUAAUUGUUCCAAAUAGUUCAUGUGGUGGAAUAAUUGGAAAGGGAGGUUCCACUAUAAAGUCAUUUAUUGAAGACUCCCAAGCUGGCAUUAAAAUAUCUCCUCAGGACAAUAAUUACUUUGGCUUGAAUGAUAGGCUAGUAACACUAACAGGAACUCUCGAGGAACAAUUGCGGGCAAUUGAUUUAAUUAUUUCUAAGUUGGCUGAAGAUCCUCAUUACGUACAGUCUAUGAAUGCUCCCUUUUCAUAUCCAGGUGUUUUCUUCUCGGGUUUUCAUGGUAUUCCAUAUCCAUAUAUGCUUCCUUCUGUUGCAACAGCACCGUACAAUGCAAUGAGCUAUGGACCAAAUGGGGCGGGAGGGAAGUUUCAGAAUACCAAGCAGGAGGAUCGAAACAACUCUGUGACUAUUGGUGUAGCUGACGGCCAUAUUGGAUUGGUUGUGGGUCGUGGCGGAAGGAACAUAAUGGAAAUUAGUCAGGCGAGUGGGGCCAGGAUAAAGAUAUCGGAUAGAGGUGAUUUCAUGUCUGGAACAACUGAUAGGAAAGUUACAAUCACAGGGUCACAGAGGGCUAUCCGUGCAGCCGAGUCCAUGAUCAUGCAGAAAGUAGCUUAUGCUUCUGAGAGGGUGAUGGAUUAGUUUCCCAACUAUUGCAAAACUCAUUCCUUUUCAGAACCUUGUGGUGGACCUACCUACAAAUAUUAAUAUGCGAUUUGGUCAUCAUUUUAAAUGCGUCCGCUAUACUUUUCUCACGCGAUGAUAAUUUGGUGAGAAAUCAGUAACACCGGUUAGGGGUAUGAACGGGAAAUUUCUUUUCUUUUUGUCUGGGAAGAGAGAGCAAUCAAUCUUUAUAGGGACUUGUCUGAGAUGAAGAAUUAAAAUUUUAGAAAAAGGAAAAUGUUGAAAAAGAAGCAUUAUUGAUUGACCAGAUAGAAUAUGAUUAGCGUUAUUUAAUUUGUUUAUACAGUUGUAACUUCUAAAUUUAACAGCUGUUAUUUUGGUCCAUACCUUCAUUUGAAAUUCUGUUUGACAUAAACUUUCUUGAGUUUUUUGAGGAUUGGAAUGGAUUUAUUAAUCUUUUUGUUUUGGCA